AUGGCAUUCAGCUUCCAGGAGCUCCACGCGGCUGGGCCGUACUACGUAUUAGCCAUGGUUCUCCAGUGGGAACCACUUAUUGCUUGCGGAGGCCACAGAGACCCUUCAAAUUUUUACGUUGGCUGUACGCGUCCAAUUAAUAUGCGAGGGCCCCAGAAUGAGGGUCUGGCGCUCUUCCAGCGUUCACAUUGGGCAAUAACCAUCGAUCGAGGUUGCAAUCAGGAACCAUGGGGCAUUGAGUUUACCGGGAAACUAAAAUUCUUCCCCUCUGCCAAAGUCGGUUAUUACUUGUCGACCAGAUGGGUCUACGUUUAUGGCUCUCGGCGGAUAAGGACCGCUAAAGCCAACCCUGUCGGACGAGGGCCAAGAAGGUUCAGCUGCGCCGUCUGGCUGAACCUUCGCUCUUCUCCGAAGAUAAACCAGUUUUGCACUAUAGGACUUCCCCUAAUGGCGAGAAGCCCGUCAGCACAUCGUUCGCAACUCCAUCGGUUAAAUCAUCCUCUAGCCACUAAUACGUCACGAGUCCUCAACUUAGGUAGCAACUAUCCAGAGGGGCCGGCAGAUUCGCCAAUUGCCAGCACCCACGCGGUUGACAAGGACCCUGAGUGGUCAGUGGACGCAGUGGCGGGCUUAGCUCGGGGCACGUCCAUUGGGAAUCAUGCGAUUCACAGGCACGGUCUUGCACCGUUGGAUGAGCUGAACGUGGCCGAGUGGGAAGUAAGAGAGGGGGAAAGAUCCAGGCGGAGCUCGGAGAUGCACUCCCGUUGGACCAUCACGCGUGCACUAGGCCACUUCGGGGUUAGGCAGCAGCCCCGUGACUCAGAUCGUGGGUUCCUUUUCUCGAUUGGCUAA